CUGCGGAGGAGCCCCCGCUAACCUGAACUCAAGCCGAGGUGUUUCCUCUGCGUAGCUGCUGGGUCUGCAUGGCCUAAUAGAAGAUGAAGACCAACAUCGCACCUGCCUUCCCAGAGGCCUGCAAAGCCACAGGCCAGGGCGAGAAGAGCUGCCCUGUGUGCCAGGCCUGGGGAGGCAUCCCAAGUCCAGGGUCUGGUUUUGCCUCAGGGGCAGGCCCUGGUGUUGCUGUCUUAGAGUCCAGACUGGGACCUGGUGUGGUUCCAGAACCUGCACUGAGCCCUCACCCUAUUCCAGGCCCUGCAGCAGGAUCUGGUGCUGUGGCAGUGCCUGGAUCACAGCAUGGUGACAUUUCAGAGCCUGCCUCAGCCCCCAAGGGGGGACCAGGACCUGGACCAGGUCUGAGGCCAGAGACAAGGGCUUGGUCAGCAUCUGGGCUAGGAGCUGGGUCACCACCUGGACCAGGGCCCAGACGGGGCUCUGGGACUGGGCUCCAACCCAAUGAGUUGCCAACAGCCCCAACAUCACCGUCACAGCAGAAGACUCAAGUCAGAAUUGUCCUGGCCCCUAAGCAGAAAGUUCUGGUGACAGGAGGAGGAGGCUACCUGGGCUUCAGCCUGGGAUCCACUCUGGCCAAGGGCAGCACUUCUGUCAUCCUGCUGGACCUCCGCAGACCUCAGUGGGAACUGCCACCGGGAACCGAGUUCAUCCAGGCUGACAUCCGAGAUGAAGAAGCCCUGUAUCGUGCCUUUGAAGGGGUGGACUGUGUCUUUCACAUGGCCUCCUAUGGGAUGUCUGGCGCUGAGAAGCUGCAAAAAGAACAGAUUGAGUCUAUAAAUGUUGGAGGCACCAAGCUGGUGAUUGAUGUCUGUGUCCGCCGGCGUGUCCCACGGCUUGUGUACACCAGCACUGUCAAUGUGGCCUUUGGCGGGAAGCCCAUAGAGCAAGGUGAUGAGGACUCCGUGCCAUAUUUUCCAUUGGACAAGCACAUGGACCACUACUCCCGGACCAAAGCCAUCGCUGACCAGUUGAUGCUCAUGGCUAACGGGACCCCUCUCCCAGGAGGAGGGACCCUCCGGACCUGUGUGCUGAGGCCCCCGGGCAUCUACGGCCCUGAAGAGCAGAGGCACCUGCCGCGAGUAGCAAGCCACAUCAAGAGAAGGCUGUUCGUGUUCCGAUUUGGAGACCGCAAGACACGCAUGAACUGGGUCCAUGUGUGCAACCUGGUACAGGCACACGUGCUGGCGGCGGAAGCCCUCACUGUGGCCAAGGGCUUCGUGGCUAGCGGGCAGGCAUACUACAUCAAUGACGGUGAGAGUGUCAACGUCUUCGAGUGGAUGGCCCCGCUGUUUGAGAAGCUGGGGCGCAGGCAGCCCUGGAUCCAGGUGCCGACUUCCUGGGUUUACCUGACAGCCACCGUCAUGGAGCUCCUGCACCUGGCUCUGAGACCCAUCUGCAGCAUCCCACCCCUGCUCACCCGCAGUGAGGUGCACAGCGUGGCAGUCACGCACACCUUCCGGAUCGCCAAGGCCCGCGCUCAGCUUGGCUACGCGCCGGACAAGUUCAGCUUCGCCGACGCGGUAGAGCUGUACGUGCAGUCCACCAGCCGGCGGCUUCGCGGCUCCCCCGCACGGACACUUCUGCGGUGGCUGCUCGGGCUGCUGCUGCUCCUGGGCUUGCUCGCCCUGGUCCUGCGCUUCCUAGAUCUGCAACCCCUGCAGGCGACCGAGGAGCGUCUGUGACGGCCAUGGGCAGCAGC